AGAAAGACCCUGAGAAAAACGGAGAGAGAGAAAGAGAUCCUGAGGCAGGGGUUGCAUGGCCUCUCCAAGUGCCAGGGAGGAGCGGAAGCCCUUGUUAGGGCAGGAGGAGACCCUAGGCAGGCCUGCUGUGUCCUCUUUUGAGGGUAGAAGGGCUGCCUGUGCAGCAGUGCUCCUGGUAGAGAUUCUGGAGCGGGCAGCUUUCUUUGGCAUUGUCUCAAACCUCGUCCUGUACCUCAACAGCAGCAACUUCAACUGGAGUGGCUCACAGGCUUCACAAGCAUCUCUUCUAUUUAUAGGGGCCUCCUAUCUGCUCUCACCCAUCGGAGGCUGGCUGGCCGAUGCUUACCUGGGCCACUACUGGACCAUUACAUGCAGCUUCCUACUCUACCUGCUGUCAGCCUGCCUGUUGCCUGCCACAGCUUCACAAGAUGGACAGCUUCUACUGUGUGGAGACAGGCCAGCUUAUAUGGUACAGCCCUCUUGCCAAAGAGGUGGCAUUGAGUGCAAGCAACAAUUACCAAGUCAGUACUGCGCUCCUGUGAUGUACACUGGCCUACUGUUCCUGGCCCUGGGUAUCAGCUCCGUCAAGGCUAACCUCACACCAUUUGGUGUUGACCAGGUGACAGACCUUGGCCGGGAUGCCACCCGACGUUUCUUCAACUGGUUCUACUGGAGUAUUAACUUUGGUGCUGUGAUCUCACUGCUGGUGGUUGCCUAUAUCCAGCAGAAUGUGGGCUUCCUCAUUGGCUAUGCCAUCCCGGCUGUCUGCCUGACCUUUGCCUUGGUAGUCUUCCUCCUGGCUGCCCCCAGCUUUGUCACAAAGCCUGCCACUGGCAGUCAAGUCUCCAUUAUGUUCCGGUUGGCCUUUAAAAGCAGUUGCUGUGGCCAAACACUUCGGAAGAUGCCCAUCAAAGUCAAAGGCAGCAAUUUCCAGUCAGGAGAAGAGACUGGUCCACUUUCAGGUCCCAGGCACCAGGGGCAUUCACAAGAGAACAUCUCCAACUUUCGGGCACUGAUAAAAAUCUUGCCUGUGAUGCUCACUCUGAUCCCAUACUGGAUGGUCUACUUCCAGAUGCAGUCAACUUACUAUCUGCAGGGACUGCACCUCUAUAUCCCAAACUUCUUUCACCACAGCAUUUUGAACAACAGUGCACACUCAGAAUCUGUAGGCAAUACCUACACGUUCCCAGAUGCCUGGCUCCUUCUGGCCAACGUGGUAUUUCUAUUGAUCCUGGUCCCACUGAAAGAUCGAGUCAUAGAUCCAUUCCUGGCAAAAAGGAAGCUGUUGCCUUCAGCACUAAAGAGAAUGGCAAUGGGCAUGAUCUUUGGCUUUGCCUCAGUCAUUGCAGCUGGUGUUCUUGAAACUACAAGGUUAAAAUAUGUGCACAACAAUGAGACCAUCUCACAACGAAUUGGGAAGGAUGAUUACAAUGCAGCACCGCUUCCCAUCUGGUGGCAAAUCCCCCAGUAUUUGCUCAUUGGAAUAAGCGAAAUCUUUACUAGCAUUCCAGGACUGGAGUUUGCCUACUCUGAGGCUCCCAAAUCCAUGCAAGGAGCUAUCAUGGGUCUCUUCUUUUUCAUUGCUGGUGUGGGAUCCCUUUUAGGAUCUGGCCUUCUAACUCUUCUCUCUGUGCCAAAAAAUGGUUGGAUGAACUGCCCAGAGGACUAUGGGAACAUUAACAACUGUCAAAUGGAUAAUUAUUUCUUCCUACUUGCUGCAAUUCAAGCAGUAACCUAUUUCCUCUUUGUCUGGAUCUCCAUCCGUUAUGAGCAGCAGCAGCAACAGCAGCAACCCAACUCCUGCCUUCUCUGCAUCGGACAGAACAGCUAACAUCCUCAGUUUUUUUAAGACUGCGAAGAGGUGCCCACAUAUAGUAGAUCUCAGCAUGAGGCUGAACAUCACCACCACCAGCACUGCAUAUGGCUAGUAUAUAAGGAUGUUCUGAAAUCAAACAGUAUAUUAAAGGAUUAGAGAGAUGGAAGACAAGUCGAUCGAUGGCAGGCUGCCAAUUUACUCAGGCACUACAACCUUCUAUUCAAGGUGUCAUCAACAUCUUAUUUCCAGAAGCUGAACAUGAAUAACAGAGGAUGGGGAGUCUGAGAACUAAGAGUACCCUGGGACACAAGCCAUAGCUUAGCUGUCUGGCUAGAUCAGGUGGAUCUAGCCAGCACAAGGCUGCUCUUAUGUCAACAGAUUCACCAACACCUACCAGUCUCUCUGCAGCUGUCUUGCUUUGGCUUGGAGGAGAGGAGAAUUAAAACAAAAAAAGAAGGGGGUUUACCACCUCCACCCUGCCCUCAAUGUAAAGCUGAUUCUCAGUGGCAGAAGAGCAUCCUAUCUUCAGAUUGCUGCAGAGACUUCUAAAAAAAACACGUAAAAGUUAAAAUAAAACAGGAGUUCAGUGGCACCUGAAAGACUAACAACAAUUUAUUCCAGCAUAAAUUUGGUUAGUUUUUAAGGUGCCAGUGAACUCUAUUUUAUUUUGCUGCUACAGACUAAGAUGGGUGCCCCCUGGAAUUAUAGAUGCUAAAAGGUUCUCACUGGCUAAGGUUGAAAUGGAUAGAGUGAAAAGAAUGAGAGAAAAAAACAGAUUGACCACAAACCUUUUUUGUAUAACAUAUAGCAACACAGAGCAGGAGGGUCCAAGUUUUUCUUUUCCUUUGACCAUGUGGUCUUAAAGAUGCAAAUUUGUUGUUACCUCACCGUUUUUUGCCACAGAAAACCAUAUCCAUUGCUCUCCUUCUGAGGGCAGAGCCUUUCCACACUAAAAAUAUGGGUGUAGUAGUUUGGAGCACAACAACAGUAAACUUGUAAACGGUAAACAUAAGCCACAACAUGUGGCCUAUGAGAUUGCAUUGUGCUUACUUGAGAGAUCCAGGAAUAGACAGAUGUGUUCUAGUGAAAGCAUCUUUUUGAAAACUGGUGCAUUUUGGAUUCUUUGGAUGCAAAACAUUGCAAUACAAUCUCCAGUGUACAUUUAAAGGAAUUUGUUGGUAAUAAAUUCUGCAACCCUCUCAUGACAUUUAAAGCAGCCUUGCUAUUUUGAAAGUUCCACUCUUUCAACACAGCUCUUUUGGAAUGGCCAGAACUGGGAAUGUACAGCCUGUAGUAAAACCAGAACACCUGACAUAACACAAAACAGGACUAUUUCUCCAAAGUAAGUCACGUGGCAAAGGUCUAGCUUGUGCCAGUCCAAGGCAAGUAUUGGAAAUGUCUUUUUUUAACAGAGCAUCAUCUUUGAGCUGGUCCAGAGCAUCAGACAUGCACAGCUGGGCUGGAAUUUGUCAGGGCUCAUUUCCACUUUGAAUAUGUUGGAUUUGCUCUUUGGCUAUAUUUAUGAUUUAUUUUCCAUU